UUUAUUUCUGACCUGAUGAUGGGAAGACUGUUUAGGAUCUGUGUCAUAUCUGCGCUCUUAUUAUGCUAUGUGGUGUUAAGUGGCGCUUUAGAACAUGGAGAGAGAAAAAAGGAACAAAUUCAAAGCCCUGACAAGAACAGCAGCAGACUCAAGGUGAAGGGAAAUUUCACAAGUUCUCAUGACAGGAGGCCAAAGGCUGUGACUCCAGGAAAGAAAGUCAAAUCAGGAAGCAAAAGAGUGUUCAUGGGACCUAGAAGUGACAUCAGCUGCACUAGAUUGGGAGGCAUUUGCCAGCCAGUCCGUUACAUCUGCCAAGACCGAUACCUCAAAGACAAGUGUUCAGGGGCCAAGACGCGCCAGUGCUGCAUGCCAGUCCAAGCCUGGAGCAUGCUUUGUGCCGGUCACCACAACAGAGUGAGGGCUUGUGAUGCGUACGGCUGUGGAGCUUUUAACUCCCAAAGAGGUAAUGGCCUUUAUAAAGCCGUGGACCUUGUAUGUGAUGACUAUUCGAUCAUCAACACACCAUUUUCAGGCUCUCUGGCUGGUCCAGUGAGUCGGAAAGACCCAGCUGGUUAUCAGUUUGAUGGAGUCAAACUCCUCAGUGAUGUACACUGCGUGAAGAUCUUCAACAUCCGUCCUUAUCGUUACUCCGGCCCGGUAACUCAAGGAGAGGCCUUGGGCUAUUUACUGCCACUGCAAGAACAGUUCCCUGGCAUCACAUCACACCUGGAGCUGCAAAUGUGUGAUGGUACUGAUCCUUCACCCUUCAUAUAAACCUUUAUUUCCAUGUGUUAUACAACUGAGGCACCAUGCGUCCUUGUCUUUUUUACGUGGUGCAUGCCCCUGCACAUAAAAUCCCUAAUGCUAAUAAGAAUUUAUAUAGACUUAUUUGCUUUCCGAUUUCUUACUAUGAGCAACUUUUACUUGGCUACUCUGACACUUUUUGUAAAUGUUAAUUCUUCUUAUUCUCUAUUAUAGCCAUAAAAAAAAUGUUGGUCUCUAUUUUUACAAUAACUUAACAAAGAUGCAUUGUAUUGUUUUUCUUACAAUAACACUUAUUUAAAACACAUUUCUACAAACUUGUGAUGACCAGCGUUACUAUACUUGAUAACUGUCUGUCUCCAUUUCUCAGUUUUUACAACCAUUUAAAUUUUUUGUAAUACUUUAUAUCGAAUACAAACAAAAGGAUGUUUUCUAAAAAGUCACGAGUCAUAUGUUUAACAUUUUCCUUCUCCUUUUCUGUGAAAAAUGUCCCAUCUCACAUCCCAUCACUCAUAA